GUCGUCGUCGCCGCUGCGGUAACGGAGCGGCUCGGCUGGCGGAGCCCGCGUUCGCGCCCGCCCGCUCUCCUCUGAAGGCCCUUUCCGCCCUCCCCUCAACUCCACAGCCGCUCAGGGGGCGGGAGCGGGUGAGGGGAGCCGGGCGCCCCGCGAGAGAGGCACCCCGCCGCGGGGCGGCCCGGGAGCUCGAGGCGGCCCGCGCAGGCAGCGGCGCGGCGCCGAGGAGGGGCGGCCUGGCCCGGACUCGGCGGGGCGGGGGCCGAGGAGCGCUCCGGUCCGCCGGGGGAGCGACCGGCCCGGCGCCUCCGCGGACGAGCGGCGGCGGGAGAGCGGACACUCCUCGCCAUCGCCCGAGCCCAGGUUAUCCCGAAUACCACAUGCCUAAUAAUUUUCCUUGCAACGUUAGCCAUUGUUUUUCACUGCCUCCAAAAGAUCAAAAUUUCUCCGGAAAUUGGAGACAUAUUUGAUUUAAAAGAAAUAACUUUAACAAAUGGACAAUAUGUCUAUUACAAAUACACCGACAAGUAACGAUGCCUGUCUGAGCAUUGUCCAUAGUUUGAUGUGCCAUAGACAAGGCGGAGAGAGUGAAACAUUUGCAAAAAGAGCAAUUGAAAGUUUGGUAAAGAAGCUGAAAGAGAAAAAAGAUGAAUUGGAUUCUUUAAUAACAGCUAUAACUACAAAUGGAGCUCAUCCUAGCAAAUGUGUUACCAUACAGAGGACAUUGGAUGGGAGGCUUCAGGUGGCAGGUCGGAAGGGAUUUCCUCAUGUGAUCUAUGCCCGUCUCUGGAGGUGGCCUGAUCUUCACAAAAAUGAACUCAAACAUGUUAAAUAUUGUCAGUAUGCGUUUGACUUAAAAUGUGAUAGUGUCUGUGUGAAUCCAUAUCACUACGAACGAGUUGUAUCACCUGGAAUUGAUCUCUCAGGAUUAACACUGCAGAGUAAUGCUCCACCAAGUAUGUUGGUGAAGGAUGAAUAUGUUCAUGACUUUGAGGGACAGCCAUCAUUAUCAACUGAAGGGCAUUCAAUUCAAACCAUCCAGCAUCCACCAAGUAAUCGUGCCUCAACGGAGACGUACAGCACCCCAGCUCUUUUAGCUCCAUCUGAGUCUAAUGCUACCAGCACCACCAACUUUCCCAACAUUCCUGUGGCUUCCACAAGUCAGCCUGCCAGUAUACUGGCGGGCAGCCAUAGUGAAGGAUUGUUGCAGAUAGCUUCAGGGCCUCAGCCAGGACAGCAGCAGAAUGGAUUUACUGGUCAGCCAGCUACUUACCAUCAUAACAGCACUACCACCUGGACUGGAAGUAGGAGCGCACCAUACACACCUAAUUUGCCUCACCACCAAAACGGCCAUCUUCAGCACCACCCGCCUAUGCCGCCCCAUCCCGGACAUUACUGGCCAGUUCACAAUGAGCUUGCAUUCCAGCCUCCCAUUUCCAAUCAUCCUGCUCCUGAGUAUUGGUGUUCCAUCGCUUACUUUGAAAUGGAUGUUCAAGUAGGAGAGACAUUUAAGGUUCCUUCAAGCUGCCCUAUUGUUACUGUUGAUGGAUAUGUGGACCCUUCUGGAGGAGAUCGCUUUUGCUUGGGUCAACUCUCCAAUGUUCAUAGGACAGAAGCCAUUGAGAGAGCAAGGUUGCACAUAGGCAAAGGUGUGCAGUUGGAAUGUAAAGGUGAAGGUGAUGUUUGGGUCAGGUGCCUUAGCGACCAUGCAGUCUUUGUGCAGAGUUACUACUUAGACAGAGAAGCUGGGCGUGCACCUGGAGAUGCUGUUCAUAAGAUCUACCCAAGUGCAUACAUAAAGGUCUUUGACUUGCGUCAGUGUCACCGUCAGAUGCAGCAGCAGGCGGCCACCGCACAGGCUGCCGCCGCCGCCCAGGCAGCAGCUGUGGCGGGAAACAUCCCUGGCCCCGGAUCAGUAGGUGGAAUAGCUCCAGCCAUCAGUUUGUCAGCGGCUGCCGGCAUUGGCGUUGAUGACCUUCGUCGCUUGUGCAUACUCAGGAUGAGUUUUGUGAAAGGCUGGGGACCGGAUUACCCAAGACAAAGCAUCAAAGAAACGCCUUGCUGGAUUGAGAUUCACUUACACCGGGCCCUCCAGCUCUUAGAUGAAGUGCUUCACACCAUGCCUAUUGCCGACCCACAGCCUUUAGACUGAGGUCUUUCACUGUCGGGGCCCUUAACAUUGUCAGGAUGAUGGACUAUAAGAUACAAUCCUGUUUAUAAUCCGAAGAUAUAUUUCACUUUUGUUCUGCUUUAUCUUUUCAUAAAGGGUUGAAAAGUGUGUUUGCUGCCUUGCUCCUAGCAGACAGAAACUGGAUUAAAACAAUUUUUUUUUUUCCUAUUUAGGACUUUUUAGGCAUGGCUCAGAGCUUGAAGAUCAGGAAAAACACAUUCUUAUUAAAUCCUCACCAGUUAUGUAUGAAGGAAUCAUUCCAGUGCUGGAAAAUUUAGCCCUUUAAAAUGUCUUGGAGUCUUUUAUAUGCAGAACAUUGAUACAUGUGUUAUUCUACAGAAUAAAUUCAAUAUUGCUGAUUUUAAAGGAGAGAAGUUCUCAAAGUUAAUUCACCUAUGUUAUUUUGUGUGCGAGUUGUUAUUGUUGAACAUACUUUACUCCAAAUAUUGUGCCAUGUGGGUGAGUUAAUUUUACCAAGAGCAACUUCACUCUGUGUUUAAAAAAUAAGAUAGUAAUGUAUUAUAACCUUUUAUCCAAAAUAUUUUUUUGCAAGUUAAACUAGUGAAGAUGAUUUCAAUUCAGAUGGUCUUGCAACUUCAGUUUUAUUUUUGCCAAGGCAAAACACUAAUCUGUGUGUAUAUUGAGAAUUCCUUACAUUACCCCACAGAGAAAUACCAUUUAAAAUUAACAUUUGUUAUCCCUGUUGGAUAACUAUUUAUCAAGAAAUACUCUUGCCCUGUUAUACAGUAGAUGUAUUCUUCUCUAUUUCUAGGCAUAAGGUUGGUCACUAAGUAGCCUAGAAGAGGAAUUUCUUUCCUUCAUGAAUUCAUAAGGAAAGGUUUUGUAUUUUUAAAAACACUAAAAGCAGUGUCACUCCACCUAAUAUCUCACUGUUCUGCAAAGGUGGCAAUGCUUAAACUAAAAGUUGAGUAUUUUGGAAACUGCUAAAUUCUAUGUUAAAUACUGUGCAGAAUAAUGGAAACAUUACAGUUCAUAAUAGGUAGUUUGGAUAUUUUUGUACUUGAUUUGAUGUGUGACUUUUUUUUCGUAUACUGUUUAAAUCAUGUAUGUUAUGACAUUGUUUAAAAUUCAGUUUUUGUAUCUUGGGGCAAGACUGCAAACUUUUUAUACCUUUUGGUUAUUCUAAGCCCUUUGCCAUCAAUGAUCAUAUCAGUUGGCAGUGACUUUGUAUAGAGAAUUUACGUAGAAAAGUUGCAAAUGUAUUGACUGUACCACAGACACAAUAUGUAUGCUUUUUACUUAGCUAGUAGCAUAAAUAAAACCGGAUCUCAACAUACCAAGUUGAAUUCUAGGUUUGAUUUUUAAAGUUUUGUUUUCUGUUGCACUUUUGAGUUCAACCUCAGAAGCAGGACCCCUUCUAAAUGACAGGCAGCGGCCAGUACUGUCCAGCAGCUUUGGUUUCCCUCACACUCUGCCAGGACUUCCCCGCGGACAUUAUGUAUCAAGUGUAGAGUUGGUUGGGUUUUGUUUUUUUUUUUAAGCUUUUAUUUUACUGUAGCAAAAUAGGCCUGAUUGUCUACAAGAUAAAUAGGUUGUCUACAGGAUAAACAGUGUGAAAUAAAACCAAGGGUUAUCUUUCAGAUCCUUUUACUUAUCGCUUGGUGGGCCUUCUUAAAUGUAAUAAGAUUCUUAAGGUGUGUGACAAGUUUGAGAUUUGAUAAGCACUAUGCAUAAUAGUCAUCCGUCUGUUGACUUGAAUGGGUAAGUUGUCUGUGUCCUUGCUCAGAAGGUCUUCUUCGUAAGACCAUUCUGGAAACCACUGAGUUUGCUUAUUGCUGUGAUGUAAACAUAGAUCUCGAUCCGAGCUACAUGUCUUUUGUUUUAAAAUAAUUUCUCUGCUGGCUCAUUUGAGCUCUUGAGUACUUACAGAUAACUUUUGUUAAAGACCUAAUUUUAAUCUAUAAAUGUUUGGUGAUACAGGUUUUAUUGGCAGAUUUUUUAAAAAAAGAUAUCUUCAUUCUCUAGAAAUUGCUGACUUUAGGUCUAUUUUACUGUGAAUGAAGAAUAGGAGUGAAGGGAAAGAUUUUUAAAAUUCAGAUUAUUUGAUUAGGAUCAUUAGCAUGCUAUGCUAUCAUCCAUCACCUCCUUUUCUCCUUUAGGGAAGGUUUUCAUGUUUAGUCAUCUGGGGAAAGUAUGUGGAAAAUAUUCACUAAGAAGUCUAUCUUUGAAGCCAAGCCACCUGUCUUGGUUUCUUUCUGCUAAGAGCCAUAAUGUUACUACCAGUAUGUAGGAGUUCUUCUAGUUAUUAAUUGCUUUAUAUUUGUACCUAGAUUCAGUCACCUGCUUUUGAGAACACAACUAGUAUGUUAAUGAUCAGUUAUUUCUGAGAGCUUAGUUCUCAAACAGUAUUUCCAUUUCUUAGAGGUAGUCAUCUUUGAUGAGUAAGACUCAAGAAUCACUAGGUUUAAAAUUUUACAGCUACUUUAGGGUAGGAUAGUUUCCUCAAUUCUCAGAAUCUGAUUAUUAUAAGGAUAUGGUUCUGGGUAGGUUUUCUCUUUUUAUUUCAUAUCUCAAUAUGUUGAAUUUCAUUGAAAGCUGAGUGAGAGUUGAAUCAAGUACCUUUAUAAUCCAGUAUGAGGCCAUUCCAUUUUGGUCCAGUGCCUUUUAGUACGUUAUCAAAGGGAAUCUUUAAUGGUGUUGCCUUUAUUUUCCAGGGAGUAGAUUGUUUUAUGGGAUAUAAGCUGUCUCAUUUUUUAUAGUAUGCUACCCCUGGUAUACAAAGAUAAUGAUAGUAAAUCACUGCCAUAUAACCUUGUUUUUCUAGAAGCACGGCUCAUUUGUGUCGACCUACUCACUAAAUAGGUCUCCUAUCACCAUUCUUCCUGUAACCAUCGUAGAUUUACAGGCUGUGUGUUAGCUUAAGGAUUACCUUACUCUAAUUAUCCAGGUAAACUGAAGACAUAUUAGCUGUGUUGUAUUUCAAAGUUAAAAAUUCAUUUUUGUGAGGAAGGGCAUGGUGUAAAGGGGGAUAUUUGUAAUGGAAAUUUUGAAGGCAAAAUAAAAUGCUCUUCCAGAUGAUAGACGUUUUACUUUAAAAGUUUAUUGCAGUUAUCUUUUUGACUAUGCCCAUCUGGAGAGGGAAAUUUUACAUUUUCCCAUGGUGCUCCUUAUGCAUCUGUGGAGGUGAAAUAAUUUCUAUUCCUGGUUUGAUGGUGGCCGGUUAAUAGUUACCAUAGCUGUUAUGCAAAAUUAGAUUCGUUCAGAUCUCUUUGAGAGUCGUUUGGAAGAAGCAGUUUUAUUCUGAGUAGGGCAGAAUCCUUUUUGCUGAUAGUUUUCUAUGGUUGGCUCCUUUCAUUAUUAAGUAAUUUUACUGGCACUUUAUUUAACAAUAGCAUAUCGGGCUGAUGAAUUUUAGUUACUGAGGUAACUGAGUGCAUGAAAGCAAUUACCUACCAACUUUUCAGUAGAUGGAGCUAAGACUAGCAGAUAGUAACAACAUGAGGAAAUGCUUUCUUUUUUCUUUUCUUUUUUUUUUUUCAGUUUUCAAAGCUUUUUAUUAUACUAUUUCACUUGAUCUUUACAGUAACUCUUAGAAGGAAUUAGAGGGAAGGAGAUGCCUUUUUUUUUUUUCUUUCUAAAGGCAGACCUCAUCUUGUCACAGAUAGCUAUCUGUAAAUAGUAGCCUAAAUUCUUCUUCGGAAAGUUUAUAGAAGAUAGGCUCUGAUAAUCUUUUGUGUAAACCUUUCCUUUUCUUUUUUUUUUUCCCUGACAACUAGGUAAUUUCUCCUAAUAUCUUUCAGGAAGGAUGUAUAAGGUUAGUGGUCACAUUCAUAGAAGCAUCCUCAGCUUGGUCUUGUCCCUAGCACCUGUCCCAGUGCUACUGGGUUGUUUAUCUUGUUUAUCUGCUAUUACUGUGGAAUGGCAUUUUCUGCAUUAUCCAAACUUGGCCUUAUUUAAGCAGUAAACCUUUUUUAUUUUAGCCAUUUUGAGGGGGGGGUGGAGUUAUUUAAUAUGUACAUCAGAGAACAUACUAGGCAUGUUUCUUUUGUGCCUAGCUGUCUUUGUAGAUGUCCAAGGCUGCUGAGGUUUUGCCUUGAUAAACUAAAUGGUCAUAGACUGCUCUGGCUUUUGAAUGUUCACUUUUUUUUUUACACACAUACCCUCCAGCAUUCUCUUCCGACCACUUCAUGUGUACCUCCCUUUAGGAGUUUCUUCUUUCCUUUUGGAUUCAUUCUUCCAGCUGCUUGGGCAAGAAAAUGAAAUAACUAGAUCUACUAGAACCACCUUUAAAACACAAGGAAAACUGGCAUGGAUCCUAAGAAACUUUCCUGUAAAGUACUGAAAAGGCCUUCUUCAGUGCUUCGGUGUCUCAUCGGUUUGACUGCUUAGAAUGUUUCCUUAUUCUUUGCUGAGUUCCAGGUAGCUGUGGUAAGGAGAAGUGGGGCAUAUUCAUAUUUCCCCCCUUUGAAAGAUUUUGAAAGGUUUUGUUGCUUCCACCUCAAUCCUGCUCAUACAAAAACUGGAGUCACAAGACUCACUACAUUAGCAUCAGUAGUCAGAGCAAAAAAGGAUACGAGCAAGAAAUAAACUUGGGAAAUGAGAGGGUUGUUUCUGUUUGUUUGGGUAUCCCCUUUUGAGCCCUAUCUUCUGGCUUUCCUCCUCUCCAGAUAUUUUUGACCUAUAGGUGCCUUUAUGAAAAUUGAGGGUCUGAUAUCCUGUCCCAAGGAAUAGCUAAAAGUAAUUGCUGAUGUUUUCAGGGAUUUUAACCUCAGACUUGAAUGAAUGAAUGAACCAUACUCCUUCCUUCCUUGUUUCUUUCCUUCCUUCCUUCCUCUCUCCUUCUUCCCUCCCCCCAACCCCCUUGUAGGAAGAACUGAGGUGAAGACAAUCAUUUCUCUCUAUUGAUGUGGAUAGUUUUCACAGUAGAUCUCAGAGCCCAUGUUCUUGUUCAAGCUAAAACUAGUGGCUCUGGGCUGGCACCAGGUACACUCUGGCUUGCACUCUGCCACUAAUCUGAUGUGUGACCUUGGGCAGGUCAUUUACCUUCUCUGGGCCUCAGUUGCCUCAUCUGUAAAAUGAGGGAGUUGGAUUAGAUGUGUUCUUCCAGCUCAGAAAUUUAAGUGACCUUGCCUACCUUGCAGCAGGUUUUGAUUUCUUCCUUCCUUUUGCUCUGCUGUUUGAGGGGGCUUUUUCCUUAUUUCCACAUUGUUCAAAUGAGAUUAGGCUUGAUAUUUUAUUAUUAUUCUCCUAUGGACAAGAAGUUACAUAAUAUGUCCUUGAGACUUAAAUUUAACCAAAGGCCUAGCACCACCUUGGGGGCUGCAAUAAAAACUUA